ACACGGAGGAGAAAGUGAACCAAAACAGGAGCGGCUGGGCGAAGCUCACCGGGGAACGAGGGCGCCCGUUUAACGGCGUGUAGCGUGUUGCUUUCAAACGGGCAGAAACGCCGAUAAACAUUCAGCCGUAAAGUAAACAUGUCACUGAGUGCGUCGUGUGAAAUGGGGCCUCAGAAGAGGACUCUGUCGAGCCUCCUCGCUGGCCGUGUGGUGAAGAGGCCGAAGCAGGAAGAUGCUCGGCGGCUGCAGGAGGCAGCGCUCCAGCUGCUGGAGCAGCAGCUGGACCUGCGUGGUCUGCUCAGGGAGGUCGGGAAUAGAGAUCCGGGCAACAUUUUCAGCACUCAGAAUGUCGAGCAGAAACAGGCGGGGUCUGAAGGCGCCACAGCCGCCACUGCAGGUUCCCUGCUGGCGAGCGAGCUGAGGAGGCGGGCCUCACAGCUGGGAGUCCCGACCGCGGGGCUGUCGGUGAAGAUGACGCUGGAGAGGCUCAUGGAGAUCGCCGGAAGCGAGGAAGAGGACCAGAACAGAGGCCUCCUUUCUUCCUCUAAGCGAGUCCAGCUGUGCCUCCUGCUGGAGUCCAGCAGAGAACUGCUGUCACAGGGAGCCCUCUGCCCUAAACUGCUCUGGCAGGAGUACAGGAGGGAUCAGAGGCUACCCCACCUGGAGGUGGUGUACCAUCUCCACGCUUACAACAUCCUCACCCUGAAGUACAUCAUAGAGAGCAGACGAACUUGCACCCAUCGUUCUGUGUCUCCACUCAGUGACCAAGAAGCGAGACUGUGGUUGGUGUCUGGUAUGAAGUCCCUGUGCGGUUGGACGCCUCCGCAGCGGGACGAGGAGACCAAACGAGUUCAGCAGGAAGUGCUGUCAACUGUGGUCGGAGUCUUGGUGGGAAGUGGCUUUGAGCUGAGCCAGGAGCCGGCAGCCGCCGACCGGAGGGCGUCCCUGCUCUGCUGCUCGGUGCUGGACGACAUGCUCUUCUGGCUGCUAGACACUGUGGAAAAGAGUGCUGCAGUGGGAGCUGAGCUGUGGAUUGAGAUAUUUGACGCCUCGCUGUGUGCAGUCUCGGCGUCGGGGGAGACCGUCCAGCGUUUCUUCACACACUCCCUCACACAGACUCUCACGUACAAGCCUCGACUAACCGUGUCCGAUGCCAUCGCUCUGCAGAAUGAGUGGACCUUCGCUAAAGCCAACCGGUUGUUGACCUCUCUGUUCCGUAAGCUGGCUGUGGUCUUCAGCGUGGAGCAGCUGCUGUGUCACCUGCAGCGGGUUUUGGAAACCCACGAGGUCAACUGGAAACACGUCCUGUGCUUCCUCUCCACCCUGCUGGUCUACAACCCCUGUGCCCAGCUCAGCCUGAGAGAGCUGCUGUCCAGACUGCUGAGCUCCGCAUUUGAAGGCUACGACCUAGAGAACAUGAUAACUGCCUUCCUCUUGGCUCGACAGGGUGCGCUGGAGGGACCCGCCAUCUUCCCCUCCUACAGCAACUGGUUCAAGAUGUCUUUCGGGGGAGGCAGUGGCUACCAUGCGUCCAGUAAGAAAUCUCUGGUGUUUCUGCUAAAGUUCCUCUCUGACUUGGUGCCCUUUGAACCCUCGCAGUACCUCAAGGUUCACAUCCUGCAGCCUCCCUAUGUACGCGUGAAACACCGCAGCCUCCUGAUGGAGUACAUCUCUCUGGCCAAGACCAGACUGGCCGACCUCAAGGAGUCAGUGGAGGACAUGGGUCUAUAUGAGGAUGUUUCUGGCGCAGGCGGAGCGUCAUUGCAGCCCCAGUGCCAGGCCGCCCAGGAUGUGGAGAAGGCGGUGUCUCUGUUUGAGAGCACGGGGCGAAUCUCCGCCACAGUCAUGGAGGCCAGUAUUUUCCGGAGGCCGUAUUUCCUGGCGUGGUUCCUCUCCGCUCUGCUGACACCGAGGACGCUUCCCGUCAAAGCCGACGCUCGGAUGAGUUUCAUAGAGGCUCUGAAAAAGGCCGAUAAGAUUCCUGCUGCACAGUAUUCAUCUUAUGUGGAGUCCUGCCAGAAGCAGAGGCAGCAGAAUGGAGGUGCAGUGUGUCUGGACACCAACGAUGAGCCUCUGGAGGUCCUGAAGAUUCAACUGCAGGAGUUCACAGAGCUGCUUGUGGAGGGGAAUGACGGAGAGUUGUCGGCCCAGCUGUCCAGGAUCUCACACACUCUGAGUGCCAUCUUUCCCGGCCGCCCCGAUGAGCCGAUUGGACGGACGGUCAUCGAACUGCACACGAGCGGCCCGCCGUCCCCGGAGCUCCACGUCAAAGCCGUCAACAUGAUCCUGAGAAACUUCUGCCAGUGUGUGCUCGACGCUUCCAGAGCAAACCCUCCGAACAAACAAAGCCCGUGGGCCUCCAGGUUUGUCAGUGCGCUGCUCGGCAACACGCAGCUCCUCUCAGGCCUCAUACACGGACUCUGGGACCUUUUUCAUAACCAGGCGGCGUUGCUGAGCGCCGCCCACCUCCUCGGCCUGGCGGCGUUUGUGGUCCACCUCCACGCCUGCAUGUCCCACGGUCCUCUGGUCCGUUUGGUCCCGCCCACACUGCCAGAGCCGGUAGGCGUGGGAGAGGCUCUGAGCUCGGCGCUGGUCUGCAGCACUCACGCCAACAUGCUCUUCUGUGUCAGGUUGUGUGUGGCAGCUGUGUGUUACGGGAUCUGCAGAGGGGACUCGCUGCCUCAGCAACAGCAGCAGGACUACAUCCUCAACAGCCUCUACAAGAAGCUCCUGUACCUCAUUCCAAGACUGUCGCCUGAAGCCAGACGAACUCCCAUCACUGCUGGCGGUCCAAUCGGUGACCACCAGGAGGAGAGCCCGCCAGGCCUGUGGAUUAGUGCCACAGACGCCAACGGCACCUGGAGGAAGACCGCUUGGCAUCUGUGGAGGCACCCGGCGUUCCGUCAGCUGGAGAACACGCCACAAUACCAGUUAUCGUUCUCAGAGUGGCUCGCUGUCGAGCUCCGAGUACAGAGAAGUGAAGACGCCCUGUCAGACCCCGAACGUCAGGAGUACCAGCAGUGGGCCUGCUGGGAGCUCUACCUGUCCCGUCCGGAGGAGCAGGGAGGCUGUGGAGGAGACACGAGGAUCCUCUGCUCUCAUCUGCUCAGCGCCAUCAUGGACCAGCAGUUAAGCAACCAGAACCUGGAGAAGCUGGAUCACAGAGGGUCAGAAACAGGGACCUGUCUGCCAGACAUCCUGUCCCGGUUACAGGAGUUUGUCUAUGACAUGGAAGUGACCCACCUCUCCGGAAGCAGCCGACCCAGCUCGAGUGACUUCCUGUUGGAAUUGUUGUGUCAGAGAUGCUCCUCCUCAGCUCCACCGAGCAUCAGCGGCGAGCUCAGCCAGCAGCACACACUGAACGCGUGGAACAGGGUCCUGCUGGCUCUCCCAGCAGUGCUGCUCGUUAAAGUGAAGUCCGAAGGAGGGAGGCCGACUCUGGAGUGUGACACGCUGAUAGAGCAUGUCAACCAGCACCAGAGGAAGGCGUGUUCUCCGGCCGGCUUGCUCUCCUGCCACCUGACGUUGCACCUCCUGAGAGGGGUGGUAGGUGCCAGCGCACGCUGCGGACGCCCGGGCGAGGAAGUCAACAAAGCCUGGUCCCAGAUCAGUCUGCGCUGCCCGCUGCUCCUGGUCUCCACGGCGCACUGGUGGGAGCGUGUGUCUCCGGUGCUGUCGUCCCUGUGGCGUCGUCUGUGUGACGGGGAGCCUCUACCAGAGCAGCUGCAGCUCCUCGCUGACUGUCAGAACUGGGCCUGCAGUUUGGAGAAGGGGCUGCCGUCGGCACCAGUGCCCACGGCCGGCGCUCUGCUGCUGGCUGCCAGCCUGCACCGGGCCUGGGGCGGCCGCGGGCACGACGACCAGGGAUUCACCGCUGCCCUGAACGUUCUGCAACCAGAGAGGAGCACGCAGCACCGACAGGUGCUGGUUUUUCUGCUCUUCCUGUGUGUUCAGGACCAUCUGACGUCCCUCCUGUAUCCACAGGAGAGGAGCCGGCAGGGAGCCGCGGAGCUCUGCAGCAACCUCCUGCUGGCAUUGGUGGACUCCGCCGACUGGCUGCUCGUCUUCCAGUCAAACGAACGGGGCGUUUACCAGCCGAUCGCCAUGGUGACGUCAGAUGAGUGGACCCGACUGAUGCCGUGGGCCUUCUACAGCCUGCUGCUGCAGCAGAGCGCCGAGCUGCUGCAGAGAGCGGCACUCUGUCCGGGGUUCCUCGGCACCGCCGUCCUCUGCUACGUCGGCCUGCUGCAGCUACGCCUGGAAGGACGGGUUCCCCCACCAACCGCCGAACCCCAUCAGAUGGAGCCUUCCCGGAUUCUGAGCCGCGCCAAGCAGUUCCUCCUGAGGGCGAUCCCACAGACGCCUCCCACCGCUCUGUCCUCCAGCCGACUCAGACGGCUGGAGUCCCAGUGUGCAGACCUGGACCCGGAGGUGGCAGCGGCUCUCUCCAUGCACCUGGACCCUCACAGCCUCAGUCCAGAGAUGGACUUCCUCUGAAAAAGCUGUGGCGUCCCCCUUGACGUCCGGGCCGAGAGAGACUGUCUAAAGCUAACGGGGACACAACAUCUUCAGUCCCUCGAGCUUUGGAGUCUUUCACCGUAAUGGUUUCUGAAUAUGCAGCAGGUACUUCACAUCUGACAGAAACAUGUUCCUCUUGUUUUAAACAGGACUUCACUGUUCAGAUUCAAAGGCAAAUUUGUCUUUUUAUACGUGAUGCACACACAACUUUAUUAUACACAUGAACAUCAGAAGCCCUUUCAGCUGUUUACAAUACAGAUAGAAACUCUUGAAGAGCUCUUAGUAUUGUAAUAACUUAAUAAAAAAAUAACAUCAUAAAACUUGUAGGAAAUCAUCCUCUGUGAGGUUACACAGCGAAGUGCUUUACGUAUAUUCUGAUAACAAGAAUAGUGCAUUGUGGGACGUGUGGCUGUGAAAUAAAACCAGUCCACAGGC